CGCGGAGCUGCAGGCGGUCACGCUCGAUGACAGUCGGCAACAGUUGCGAUCGGUGCGGUCGAGACGUACGGUGAAAAGGAAGAGAUUUAAAAAAAAACGAUCGUUUUCGCGUGCGCGUUCGAAGAAAGGAGAAAACGGAAAAACGAAGCACUCGCUACUUCGAUCACGAUCCUCUUACAUGUGCGGUUUCUCGUCGCCGGCGCGACAUCGUUUUCGAAGGCGAGGAGGCGCGACGAGCAGCAGACCGGACCGGGUGCUCGCUCGCGAGGAGGGCGAGUCCGUUCGUUGGCGCAGUGGUGGCAAUAGUUGGUGGUAGUGGUGGUGGUAGUAGUAGUGGUGGUGCCGCCGCUGCACACUCGUCGUUGAUCGCGCAUCGUGGCGACAGCUAGUAACGACAGCCGCCGUCCAAUUGGGCUCGAUCGGACUCGGUCCCGAUCGUGUCGCGUACGCGAGUACACGAUACGCGCAGUACGCGGGCAGUUUUCACAGGGCGAGCACCGAGGCGCACGUCGUGCACGAAAGGGCGACCGAGGCAGCGGCGGGCGAGCCGAGAGAAAGGGGGACUCGAGGAACGCAAGGCGAACGCAGCAGCAGCAGCAGCAGCAGCUUUGCCGCGUCGUGUGCACGCUCGCUAAACAAAGAUGGCGGACGUGGACUCGAGGGUAGACCGGUCCGAUCCGGAGCUCCGCUUCUUGUCGGUGGACAGGAACAGCUUCAACGACCCGGCCACCCAGGCGGAAUGGACGCAGAAGAAGCUGGUGUGGGUGCCGCACGAGACGCAGGGCUUCGUCGCCGCCGGCAUCAAGGGCGAGCGCGGCGACGAGGUCGAGGUGGAGAUCGCUGAGACCGGCAAGCGUGUACUCGUCGCGAAGGACGAUAUACAAAAGAUGAAUCCGCCCAAGUUCGACAAGGUCGAGGACAUGGCGGAGCUUACCUGUCUGAACGAGGCAUCCGUUUUGCAUAACCUCAAGGACCGGUAUUACUCCGGGCUGAUUUACACGUACUCUGGCCUCUUCUGCGUCGUAGUAAACCCCUACAAGAGACUGCCGAUAUACACAGAGAAAAUCAUGGAAAGGUACAAAGGCAUUAAGAGACACGAAGUGCCGCCACACGUUUUUGCCAUUACCGAUACGGCUUAUCGUUCCAUGCUGCAAGAUCGCGAGGACCAGUCAAUUUUGUGUACCGGCGAGUCCGGCGCCGGCAAGACCGAGAACACGAAGAAAGUGAUUCAAUAUUUGGCCUAUGUGGCCGCAUCGAAACCGAAAUCCAACGCGACUCCGAGCCCGGCAUUAAUCAUAGGCGAGCUCGAGCAGCAGCUUCUUCAGGCGAAUCCAAUUCUGGAGGCGUUUGGUAACGCGAAGACUGUCAAGAAUGAUAACUCGUCCCGUUUUGGUAAAUUUAUAAGAAUAAAUUUUGACGCGUCCGGCUACAUAGCCGGCGCGAACAUCGAGACGUAUCUUUUGGAAAAGUCGAGAGCCAUUCGACAGGCGAAAGACGAGAGGACCUUCCAUAUAUUCUACCAGUUGCUGGCCGGAGCCUCGCCGGAACAAAAGAAGGAAUUUAUUCUGGAGGAUCCGAAGCACUAUCCCUUCUUGUCGAACGGGGCGCUGCCCGUGCCGGGCGUCGACGAUUCCGCUGAAUUCUUUUCCACGGUGAAGUCGAUGCACAUCAUGGGAAUGACGAACGAGGACUUCUCCUCCAUCUUCCGUAUCGUUUCCGCCGUAAUGUUGUUCGGUUCGAUGCAGUUCCGUCAGGAGCGGAAUUCUGAUCAAGCGACGUUACCCGACAACACCGUAGCGCAGAAGAUCUCGCACCUGCUCGGCCUGAGCGUGACCGAGAUGACGAAGGCCUUCCUGAAGCCGCGCAUCAAGGUCGGCCGUGAUUUCGUGACGAAGGCGCAGACGAAGGAGCAGGUGGAGUUCGCCGUGGAGGCGAUCUCCAAGGCCUGCUACGAGAGAAUGUUCCGCUGGCUGGUGAACAGGAUCAACAGGUCCCUGGACAGGACGAAGCGGCAAGGCGCGAGCUUCAUCGGCAUACUCGACAUGGCCGGCUUCGAGAUAUUCGAGCUCAACUCCUUCGAGCAGCUCUGCAUCAAUUACACGAACGAGAAGCUGCAGCAGCUGUUCAACCACACGAUGUUCAUCCUGGAGCAAGAGGAGUAUCAGCGCGAAGGCAUCGAAUGGAAGUUCAUAGAUUUCGGGCUGGAUCUGCAGCCGACGAUCGAUCUGAUCGACAAGCCGAUGGGCAUCAUGGCGCUCCUGGACGAGGAGUGCUGGUUCCCGAAGGCGACGGACAAGACCUUCGUCGAGAAGCUGGUCGGCGCCCACAGCGUCCAUCCGAAGUUCAUGAAGACCGACUUCCGCGGCGUGGCGGACUUCGCGAUCAUUCACUAUGCCGGCAAGGUGGACUACUCCGCCGCCAAGUGGCUUAUGAAAAACAUGGACCCGUUGAACGAGAACGUCGUGAGCCUUCUGCAGGCCUCGCAGGAUCCGUUUGUCUGUCACAUCUGGAAGGACGCCGAGAUCGUCGGUAUGGCGCAGCAGGCGCUCACGGACACUCAGUUCGGCGCGAGGACGAGGAAGGGCAUGUUCAGGACGGUCUCGCAGCUGUACAAGGAGCAGUUGGCGAAGCUGAUGGUGACGCUGCGCAACACGAAUCCAAACUUCGUCCGAUGCAUCAUUCCGAAUCACGAGAAAAGGGCCGGCAAGAUCGACGCGCCGCUCGUGCUAGAUCAGCUGCGGUGCAACGGGGUGUUGGAGGGUAUUCGUAUCUGCAGGCAAGGCUUUCCGAACAGAAUUCCGUUCCAAGAGUUCAGGCAACGCUACGAACUGCUCACUCCGAACGCCAUUCCGAAGGGAUUCAUGGACGGGAAGAAAGCUUGCGAGAAGAUGAUUCAAGCGUUGGAGCUGGACCCGAACCUUUAUCGCGUCGGACAGUCGAAAAUCUUCUUCCGCGCCGGAGUGCUGGCCCACCUCGAGGAGGAGAGGGAUUACAAGAUUACGGACAUAAUUGUCAAUUUCCAGGCCUUCUGCCGCGGUUUCCUCGCCAGGCGCAACUAUCAGAAGCGUCUGCAACAGCUGAACGCGAUCCGCAUCAUACAGAGAAACUGCGCGGCCUACCUGAAGCUGCGCAACUGGCAAUGGUGGCGGCUGUACACCAAGGUGAAGCCCCUGCUGGAGGUGACGAAGCAGGAGGAGAAGCUCACGCAGAAGGAGGACGAGCUGAAGCAGGUGCGCGACAAGCUGGAGCUGCAGCUGCACUCGGCUCAGGAGUACGAGCGCAAGUAUCAGCAGGCGGUUCAGGAGAAAACCAUGCUGGCCGAGCAGCUGCAGGCGGAGGUCGAGCUAUGCGCGGAGGCCGAGGAGAUGAGGGCCAGGCUGGCCGGGAGGAAGCAGGAGCUCGAGGAAAUUCUGCACGAAAUGGAAACGCGUAUCGAGGAGGAGGAGGAGAGAAUCAACGCGUUGAGCGCCGAGAGGAAAAGGCUGCAGCAAGUCAUCAACGAUCUGGAGGAGCAGUUGGAGGAGGAGGAAGCCGCCAGGCAGAAGCUGCAGCUCGAGAAGGUGCAAUGCGACGCGAAGAUCAAGAAGCUGGAGGAGGAUCUCGCCCUCUCGGACGACAUCAAUCAAAAGUUGCUGAAGGAGAAGAAGAUUCUCGAGGAGCGCGCCAACGAUCUCUCGCAGACGUUGGCGGAGGAGGAGGAGAAGGCGAAGCACCUGUCGAAGCUGAAAGCCAAGCACGAAGCGACGAUCGCCGAUCUCGAGGAGCGACUCCUCAAGGACCAUCAGCAGCGCCAGGAGGUGGACAGAUCUAAGAGGAAAGUCGAGACCGAGGUUUCCGACUUGAAGGAACAACUGACCGAGAGGAAGACACAAGUCGAGGAGCUGCAGCUUCAACUUGGCAAGCGAGAGGAGGAACUCAACCAAGUCAUGGCGAAGAUGGACGAGGAGGGCGCCGCUAAGGCUCAAGCUCAGAAGGCGCUGAGGGAAUUGGAGUCGCAAUUGGCCGAGCUUCAGGAAGACCUGGAGGCCGAGAAGGCUGCUAGAGGCAAAGCGGAGAAGUUGAAGCGCGACCUGAACGAGGAGCUCGAGGCGCUGAAGAACGAACUGCUCGAUUCUCUGGACACCACCGCGGCUCAGCAGGAGUUGAGGAGCAAGCGGGAGCAGGAGCUCGCGACGCUGAAGAAGAAUCUCGAAGAGGAGACAUCGUUGCACGAGACCACGCUCGCCGACAUGCGUCACAAGCACACGCAGGAAUUGACGGCUCUGAAUGAACAGAUGGACGCGUUGAAGAAGACGAAGGCGACUCUGGAGAAAGCGAAGGGAUCGCUGGAGGCCGAGAAUGCCGAUUUGGCGACGGAACUGCGGUCGGUGAGCGCGAGCAGGCAAGAGUCCGAUCGCCGUCGCAAGCAGGCGGAGCAGCAGUUGGCCGAAAUAAACGCGAAACUCGCCGAAAUAGAGAGGAACAAGCAGGAACUGGUCGAAAAGGUGACGAAAUUGCAGCAAGAGGCGGAGAGCGUGAUGCAACAGCUGGAAACCGCCGAGCUGAAAGCAUCCGCGGCGCUGAAGGCGUCGGCCACGUGCGAGUCGCAGUUCACCGAGCUUCAGCAACAAUUGGAGGAGGAAACGCGACAGAAAUUGGCUCUCAGCUCGAAGUUGCGCGCGCUGGAGAGCGAGAAGGAGGGCCUGCACGAUCAGCUCGAGGAGGAAGAGGAGGCGAAGCGUGCCCUGGAUAAGCAAGUGCUGAGUCUGAACGUGCAAUUGGCCGAGGCGAAGAAGCGCGGCGACGAGGAGGCGGAGGCGGCCGCCGUUCUCGAGGAGGCCCGGAAGCGCUGCACGAAGGACAUCGAGGCCCUUCAGCGGCAGGUCGAGGAACUGCAGACGGCCAACGACAAGCUGGACAAGUCGAAGAAGAAGAUCCAGGCGGAACUGGAGGACAGCAUCAUCGAGCUGGAGGCGCAGCGGGCGAAGGUGCUCGAGCUCGAGAAGAAGCAGAAGAACUUCGACAAGGUGCUGGCCGAGGAGAAGGCUGUGUCCGAGCAGUACGCCGAGCAGCGCGACAUCGCGGAGAGGGAAGCGCGCGAGAAGGAAACGAGAGUGCUGUCGCUGACUCGCGAGCUGGACGAGCUCAACGAGAAAGUUGAGGAGCUGGAACGGGGCCGCAGGAGUCUGCAGUCGGAGCUGGACGAGCUGGUCAACAAUCAAGGCACCGCCGACAAGAACGUUCACGAGCUGGAGAAGGCGAAACGCUUGCUGGAGUCGCAGCUGCAGGAGCAAAAGUCGCAGGUGGAGGAAUUGGAGGACGAGCUGCAGCUGACGGAGGACGCCAAGCUGCGACUGGAGGUGAACAUGCAGGCGCUGCGAACCCAAUUCGAGCGCGAUCUGCAGACGAAGGAGGAGCAAGCGGAAGAGAAGCGUCGGGGACUGUUGAAGCAGCUGCGCGAUCUCGAGGCGGAGCUCGAGGACGAGAGGAAGCAGCGCGCCGCGGCUAUCGCGGCGCGCAAGAAGAUGGAGGCGGACUACAAGGACAUCGAGCAACAGCUGGAGAUGCACAGCAAGCUGAAGGAGGACGCGCUCAAGCAGCUGAAGAAGCUCCAGGCUCAGAUCAAGGACUGCAUCAGAGAGACGGAGGAAGCCAGGGCGGCCAGAGACGAGCUGGCGGCCGCCUCGAAAGAGACCGAGAGGAAAGUCAAGAGCCUGGAAGCCGAUCUGCUGCAGCUGACGGAAGACUUCGCCAGCAGCGAGCGCGCCCGGCGAAUCGCCGAGAACGAGAGGGACGAGCUGCAGGAAGAGGUGAACAACAAUGCCAACAAGGGCACCUUGAUGCUGGACGAGAAGCGCAGGCUCGAGGCGAGAAUCGCCACACUGGAAGAGGAACUCGAGGAGGAGCAGUCGAACGCCGAGAUCGUGAUGGAUCGCGCCAGGAAGGGUCAGAUUAUGAUCGAGCAGUUGACGACGGAUCUGGCGACCGAGCGGUCCACCACGCAGAAAUUGGAGUCGCACAAGCUGCUGCUGGAGAGGCAGAACAAGGAGCUGAAGGCCAAGCUGACCGAACUGGAGACCGCGCAGCGCGCCAAGACCAAGGCCACGAUACAGCAGCUCGAGUCGAAGAUCAACAAUCUCGACGAGCAGGUGGAGGCGGAGGCCAAGGAGAGAUUCACCCAGCAGAAGAUCAAUCGCAAGCUGGAGAAGAAGCUGAAGGAGCUGAGCCUGCAGCUGGAGGACGAGAGACGGAACUCCGACCAGUACAAGGAACAGGCGGAGAAGGUGAACGUUAGGAUGAAGGCGCUGAAGAGGCAGUUGGACGAGGCGGAGGAGGAGAUCAGCAGGCACAAGACCAUGAAACGGAAAGCGCAGAGGGAGAUGGACGACAUGAUGGAAUCUCACGAGGAGCUCACGCGGGAAUUGGCGCAUCUGAAGAAUAAAUUAAGGCGCGGUGGUCCUCCGAUAAGCCUGAGCUCCACAAGGCUGAAACGCGGUUCUGUACAGACCGGCGGCUCGGGCGACGACUCGACGACGCAGGAUGAGAGCAUCGACGGCGAAGAGAACGCCAAUUGAGUAUCGGAGUCGGCCCAAUGUGCUCUCGAACCUCUGUGAAUUAUGUAUAUACGUGCGUCGAGAGGGUGUUGGUUUUUUUUUUUUUUUUUGUUCGACGCGUCACGCGGACUAAACCGACGUCUCGCGUCGCGAGUACGAGACCUAGCUUACACGAUCAAAAUCAAAAGUCACCUCGACAAUAUCCCGUGGCGUUUCUGGGCCUUAAGAUUACUGCGGAACAAUAAUCGUCUCGGCGGAAUUUAGUUCAUCAAUACAACACGUCGAUAAUUUGAGAAAUGUAGGCGUAAAAAAAAAAAAAAA